UCAUUACUUGAUGUUAAUCCACAUAAUGAACAUCCAGGAAUAAUACUCGAAUCAGAAUUUUUUGAUGAUCCUGAUUUUACUUUACGAUAUAGUAAUAUUCAACGAAGAGUUGUUUCGGCAAGAAUUAAUAAUGCUCCCAAUACAACUUCAUCUGCAUCGACUACAAAUCCAAUUGUUCCUGGUGAUCAAUUAACAACAACAGCAGCAGCAGCAGCAAAUUCUUCUACAGCAGUUACAUCUUCAAAUGUAUCUAAUGAUCGUAAACGUCAUCGUUAUGAUCCACGUUGGCUUGAUGGUUCUUUACGUGAAGAAUUAUUUGGUCGUAUUGAUCGUGAAUUAAAACCCGAUGAUUUAUCAUUAGUUAAAGAUUCAAAUCCUAAAACUACUACAUCGAUUAGAAAAGAUCAAACAAGUCAACAACAGCAUUCCACAUCGACAAUAAAUCCAAAUCCAAUACAAUUCGGUGAACAAUUACAAUUCUGGACAGAUUCAAAUUCUGAAAAUAAUACAUAUCCACGUUUUACACAUAUAGCUUGUCUUCAUUCAGAAUUAAUUGCUAUUAAUACUCAUGGACAAUUAUGUCAAUGGAAUUGGCAAGAUGAUUAUCCAUAUCAAGAUCCAGAUAAUAUUCAAAUAAAACAUCCAAAAACUUUAAGUUUACAAUUAUUAAAUGAAAAACUUAUUAAUUUAUCAGCUAAUUUAAUUCGUGCAACAAUAUUAACUGAAACAAAUUGUUUAGCAACAUGGAUUGAUGAAUCAUUAGGUACACAAGUUAAUCAUAAACUUCAACAUACAUUACAAGAUUUUUCAUCAUUACAUAUUCUUGAUAUUCAAACAACACCAUUCUAUACAAUAUUUCGAACGGAUACAAAUGAUUUAUAUUGGUAUGGUUUAUUACCACAUAAACCACGAAAGAAAUUACUUGAACGUUUAAAAGAUAAGACACAACAAAAAUAUCGAAUUAAUUCUCAACAAAUUUUAACAGUUGGUUGUUCAGUUUGUUUAAUAUCAAAUCCAUAUUAUAAUCAAGGUGCAUGGGCUUUUUAUAUACGUGAUGGACAACCAAAAUUAGGACAAUUAAUGGAUCAAGCAUGGAUAUUAUCAAAUACAGCACGUUUUCGUAUAAAAACAAUUGAAUUUAUAUCAAAUAAAAUCAAAGAAGAUGAUAAAAGUUCAUUAGAAAUGCCACCACCACCAUCACCAGCAUCAUCAACUUGUAGUGUAGAUUCUAAUACAAGUUUUGUAUCAACAUUAAAACGUAAAAAACAUACAACAGGAGCCAAUCUAUUUUUACCAACUACCCAUGAUAAUGAAUCAAAUGAACAAUCGCAACAACAACAACAGCUUAGCAAAAUAAAAGAUGAAGAAUAUUGGCCAUUAGACGAAGUUAUUUUUAUUGAAGAUUAUAAAGUAGCACCAGUUGGAAAAGUUAUGAAAAUUGAUGGUUCACUUGUAUUAGUGAAAUUUCCAUCGAAAAAUAAUGAUACAGAUAAUGAUACAAAUAAUUUAGAUAAUUGUCGAAUUCUUCGAAAAGAUGAUCUUCAAAUUGUCAAAGGUAAUCAAAUACCAAAAACUCCUGAUUGUACAUUAUCGCUUAUUAAUGCUAAACGAAUUUCAUUAGAAAAUGGAACAUUAUUAACAUAUUCUGUUGAUAAAGAUUAUCUUCAUACAUUACAACUGUGUGAUUCAACUAUUUCCUAUAUGAUGUAUGAAGUUGGAAGUAAUAAUGGUUCAUGUCGUUCAAUUCGACAAAAUAAUUUACCAUUAAUUAAUAAUCGUCAAUCUUUAUUAUCAUUUAUUGGUGAUAAUCCAAAUUUAAUACGUUUAUGUACUUUAAAUUCAAUUGAUAUUCCACGUAUAUUAAUCGAUAGUAAUCGUUUAAUUUAUCCAUUUUUAUAUAAUCAAGAUAAUACAAAUUUUAAAGAUCCACAAUGGAAAAAUUUAUUAGGAAUAAAUUAUUUUUCUCAAGGAAUUAUUCCAUUAAAAACUACAAGUGAUCAUUCAAACAAAAAUCAUAUUCUAUUAAAUAUAAUGCAAAUGCAAAAAGGUAUAUUAAUACCACAUAUACUUCGUUAUGAUAUUGAUAAAAUACGUUCAAUAUUAAAUGAUAUUGAAAUAAAUAAAAAUUAUGAUUUAUUAAAAUUAAUCUUAGAUGAACGUAUAGAUGGUUGUAGAAAUUUAUUUCAUGCUUGUGUUCAUAUUGGUAUACCAUUAACAAAUAAAGAAUAUUCAAUUAAUGAUGAAACAAAUAAUUCGAAACGUAUAUCAUUUGCUAUUGAUCUUCUGCAUGCACAAGAAAAUAAUGAUCAUACUUAUGGCGGUAGUGCAACCCGAAUUAAUCAAUCAACUGAACAAUCUAUUAAUACAUGGCCACCCCCACUACCACCACCGCCACCAACAACAACAAACGAUCCAUCAGUUUCUGUUGAUGCUUGUCUUCCACCAUCGCCAACUAUACAACCUGAAUCAACAUCACAUUUUUAUAGAAGCUUAUCAUCCGGUGCAACAACUACAACUACAACAGCAGGAGCUGCAAAUUCGGGUUCAUUAUCUCCAUCAUAUACACCUACAACAUUAUCUUCAAAAAUUCAAUAUCUUCAACAACAAAAUUCUGCGUCAUCAAAUUAUCAAUUUGCACCUGUUAUUAGUCCAGCAUCAUCAACACGUUCAGCACGUACACAUAUGAAUGAUUUUACUGUUUGGUCAUCAUGUAAAUAUGAUGAACGUGAAAAACGUUUACGUGCAAUAAAAAUUCUUCGUCUUUUACUUGAUUGUUCACUAUUACAAGAUCAUCUUUUAUCUUUACUUAGUUUUCGUAAUUUGGAAGGACAAACACCAUUUAUGUCUGCUAUUCAUUCUCGUGCUUAUCCUACUGCAUUAAUUUUAUUUGAAUAUGCAUUAAAAAUCUCAAAAUAUGAAUCGUCAAAUGAACAACAAGCAUCAUCUGUACAAUUUUUUCUUGAAUCUCCUAUUAUUGAAUCUACGAAAUUAUCCCAACAAAAUCUUUUACUUCAAAUGAUUUAUCCAUCAACAUCAACACAUUCAGAUAAUUCACCAUUAUAUACUCUAUGUACAAAUGAUACAUGUUCAUUUACAUGGACCGGUGAAGAACAUAUAAGUCAAGCUAUAUUUGAAUGUAAAACAUGUGGUCUAUCAGGUACAUUAUGUUGUUGUAGUGAAUGUGCUCAAACAUGUCAUAAAGGACAUGAUUGUCGUUUAAAACGUACAUCACCAACAGCCUAUUGUGAUUGUUGGGAAGUAUGUAAAUGUAAAUCAUUAGUAGCUGGUGAUCAACAAAAACGUUUAGAAUUAUUUAAAUUAUUAUUAAAUGAAACAAAUCUUGUACAAUUAAAAUAUUCAAAUUAUGAACAUUUAGUAUUAUAUUUAGUACAAACAGUUGGAAGACAAAUUAUUGAACAACAACAAUUUGCACGAACAUCAACAGCAACAAUUUUACAACAACAACAACAACAAGCAAAAAAAA